CUCUCACUCACCUCCUGUAAUCUUUGUUUCUGAGCCUCACCAACUUCUUUCGCCAUGCGUUGCUCUUCUGGCCGCGUCCAAACAGGACUUGGGCCUUUCGUCCAUCUGCCGCGGGAGCUUCUCGACAACAUUUUAUCCAGGCUGCCGAACAGCGACAUCAAGAGCCUCCGCUCAACGUGCACCAAUCUCCACAACAUCGUUCAACUCCGCCUCAGCCGCCUUUUCCUCUCACCCAACCCACUCAACGUGGCCGUCUUCAGGGCUGUCGCAAACCACGAAGAAUUCCGAAGAAACAUUGUUGAGAUCAUUUAUGACGAUGCUCGCUUGGCUCACCCGGCUGAGGUUAAGAGCUUUUGGGGGUCCGACGAGGAUCACGAUGAUGACGAAGGCAACACCGAUAUUGGCGAUAUAUCUGGAGUUCCAGCUUGGUACUUGAAAGAAUUCCGGGAUAAUUCUUCAUUGAUAGCUGAGUAUGGCAUUCUUGAUGUAAAGCAACCUCGCCAUAUUGAAGUUGCACAUCGGUUUGAGGCACGGCUUAGCCCAGUACAGUCGUACAGACUGUAUCAAAACCUGCUGCAUGAGCAAAAUCAGGUCAUUGCCACCAACAGCGAUGCGGAAGCUCUGCAGUACGGUCUGCCCCGUUUCCCCAACUUGCGGAAGAUCACUGUAACGCCUGCAGCUCAUGGGUGCCCCGUUAGACCUCUGUACCAGACGCCAAUGAUUCGCUCUCUACCUCCCGGACUGAUCUAUCAUCUACCUAGAGGUUGGCCAGUUGCUGAAGAGCAGGAAAAUGAACCUUUUGCAGAGAGCUGGCAAGGCGAUGAAAAGAGCAAGUGGCGUGGGUUUUCUGUUAUAUGUCGCGAGACUGCCCGAUUUCACUGCGAGAACCCAACUGCUGGUAUCUUCGAGUUUGUUAUCGAUACUAACCAGCUUCUUACCGGUAUAAACUGCCGUAUUUUUGAUGAUACAGACAGCCCUGAGUACAGCGACCUCGUUACAAUUUUCAGCAGACCUGGGUUCUCUCGCAUCGAUCUAUCUCUUCUUGUUGGCGGUCAAGAUGAGGAAGGCUGGCACUCUUUCCGCAGUGGAAAUCUCAAGAAAGCACUACAAAGAGCACCGGACUUGCAGCGUAUAAGCCUCUCAACCAACCUUGGGACCCCCGAAAACCUCUAUGAAUCUGCAAGUGCCAGCGGCGAAGAACACUUUAUCCCGCUGCGUACAAUCUUCCCUAUCGACCUAUGGGCGAAUCUACACGACUUUAGUCUCUCGCGCUUUCUCGUCAAGCAGGAUGACUUGAUGAGCCUGAUGCUUGUGCUGCCGUCAACACUUCGGGCGGUCGAGCUCAGCUUUCUUUACUUCCUUCGGUCGAGCGGACAUUAUCAGGGGUUGCUUGUAGAAAUGCGAAGCAAGCUGGGGUGGCGGGAGCGAGCUGCUGCGGACCGGCCUGGGAUCGUCAUUUAUGUCGAUGACCAGUGCCCAACUCAAGGAAAACCCAUCUGUGUCAGUCGCGAGGCCCAUGACUUCCUAUACGGGGACGGCGAGAAUCCUUUUUUGGAGGACUUCGUUGAUCCGGGCAUAGGGACUUCAGUGGAUACAUUUGAUCCGGAGUUUGAGCGGCCCUAUGACGAUUUGGUUCAGUUGAUGCGCCUCGGUAUCUUGGAAAAGGAUGAUUGGUACAGGCGAAACUACAUGUGACCUCUCACACAACUUAGAGCAGUAUCAAGUAGAAAGGCGAAAAAGGAACAACGCAAGAAUCCCUUGAUUACGUGGAGUCUUCCGUGGCUGUGUUGGGGGGUACAAAGCAACAUUGGCAUGUUCCCUUGCACUCUUAGAUCUCCCCGCUCUCAUUCUACUAUUUUAUUUAUUUUCAUAAAUCAUGAUGCAG